CCUCGAGCGGCAUGGAGAUCGGCAAGCUCGUCGUCGACUGGACAUCAAGCCUCACCGUUGCUCCUGGCACUGUCAUGGCCCUCGAUCAUGGUGCAGCAAUCCUGCAGAGAGUCAAAGACGCUGUGCAGGAAGCCGAUCCCAUCAUACAAGCCGAACUAUUGGAACCACUAUCGCGGCCAAAUACAUGGCGUCGGGCUUUUCCCUUCCUGACUGCCAGUGGUCCCCCGCAGCUCUCCUCUAGGUCUGGCAUCCCCGUUAACCCGCGUAUCCGAGGAGUCAUCAGCGAAAUGAGGGUGCUCUCCAGGAUUCUCAUGCCAUAUCCGAAGAAAGCAAAGUCCACAGUUGUCCUUCGCACUCUCCUGGUCGGCUUUCGCUCUUUAUGGACCGCUGCCUGGACGUGGAUUGAGUUCGUCAACCCCCUCUUCGGCAAGGUUCUCUCAGAGGGUCAUGACCGAGAAUCGCUCUCUGUCGCCAUACCUGCUAUGCUCGCCAUGGCACUGAAGCUGUCGCUUAAGGAGACGGACGCUCAAUCGCAGGCUGGGGACACGAUGAGCGGAGCGCCGCUCACCAUGCUCAUAGCACUCUGGUACCACGACCAUGUAUUGGAUGACUCGGACGCCACGCUCAUGCAGCUCGAGAGCGAUAGCGACGAAUCACUCUUCCUGCGGACGAGGCAUAGCCAGGGCACUAUCGGCGAGCUCAUCACCAAGUCUGACUCCCCAUACUACGACCGGGUCGUCGAGGUGUUGGCCAAGAUAUCGGGCGGUCACCCCGGCAAGCUUCGACGCAGAAUGCUAGCAAAUUUGGGGCGUGGCCUGCGUCUGCAUCACCACAUCGCAGACGUUACUUGGGAGGAUGUUUACAUCAAUCCUAUCGUCUACCUUGCACGCAUACCGUCCUACACAUUCCCUCCCUCCUCGAGCAGAACGAUACGGAGGCAGACUAGUCACUUGCUGGAGCUGUCUCGCGCACCGGACACGGCCGUUCGUGCUGCCUCCAUGGGCAUGAUUCUCUACGCUCUGCACAGCACAGAGCUGGAUGGUCGUGUUAUAUACCUGGCACUAUCGGGCGGGCUGCUGACCGGCCUGCGGAAUACCCUCGCUCAACUUGCCUGUCUUCCGGAGGAUCACGUCCUCGGUUUCCGUGCUGGCCCCGAGGUCAUGAUCACCACCGUAUGCAUGACAACCCACCUUCGCCAUGUAGCAAAGCGCUUCAUCAGCUCUGGUGACGACCUUGUUCUGUUGGGAGAACUGCCGUCCCACUUAGGCAUGCUGCCCACGCGGUGGGAACAGCUCGUUGAGGAGAAGAGACUUCUUUCUUUGGCAUGGGAAGUGUGUAGGCAGAGGUUGAAAAGUGUUCGACACUGCUCGAAUCCAACAUGCACGUCGAACACCAAGGACCUCAGGGUCUGCGCCUGUCGGGAAGUAUAUUACUGCUCGGAGGAAUGCCAGAGAAUACAUUGGCGCGUGCAACAUCGUGUAGAUUGUGAGGGAGCGGCGGAGGUCACGCCCUUUGAAGCGGGCAGUAUCAAGUUAGGGCUAGAAGACCGGAUAUUCCUCGAGGAAACGACGCGGUGCCGCGUCAAUGUCAGCCACUCGCUAUUGUGCAAGGAAAUUGCUCUGCCUGCUAUUCAAGCCGACCUCAGAGACGGCUGUCAUAUCGAACUUCAUGUCAUCUUUGACGCAGAAACGCCGAAUUUCGAUUUCAGGGUAGACACAGUGGAUCGAUGGCCAGCCGAAGGGGCGCAGCGUACUAUGAUGUACAUCGUUGCGGACUUCGAGUAUUUCCACGUCAAGGAGAUGCUGAGGUUGAAACCUUUCCCCCUGCAGGAAUUCUUGAAUAUGAUAGUACAGCAGCCAUCGUAUCCGUGGCGCUUUGAAUAG